UUAAUUUCAGAUAUUGACAAUGAUCCCAAUCGUGCUCCACCAUGCGAUCCGGUUGUUUGUGUACUUCCUGACUGUUUCUGUUCGGAAGACGGAACCACAAUACCCGGAAGUCUUCCUGCUAAGGACGUACCCCAAAUGAUAACCGUUACUUUCGAUGACGCCAUCAAUAAUAACAAUAUCGAAUUGUACAAAGAAAUAUUCACUGGAAACAGAAAGAAUCCAAAUGGGUGUGAUAUCAAAUCAACUUUCUUCGUUUCCCAUAAAUAUACCAACUAUUCAGCUGUCCAAGAAAUGCACAGGAAAGGCCACGAAAUCGCCGUACAUUCCAUCACUCAUAAUGACGACGAACGCUUUUGGAGCAAUGCAACGUUGGACGACUGGGCCAAAGAAAUGGCAGGAAUGAGGAUUAUCAUCGAGAAAUUCGCCAACAUAACCGAUAACAGUGUUGUCGGCGUCCGUGCACCAUAUUUGAGAGUAGGUGGCAACAACCAGUUCACCAUGAUGGAAGAACAGGCGUUCCUUUACGAUUCAACAAUCACAGCUCCGUUGAACAACCCACCUCUAUGGCCUUACACCAUGUACUUCCGCAUGCCCCAUCGCUGCCACGGAAACUUGCAAAGUUGUCCAACAAGAAGUCAUGCCGUAUGGGAAAUGGUACUCAACGAACUGGACCGUAGAGAAGAUCCCAACAACGACGAAUACCUCCCUGGUUGUGCCAUGGUGGACUCUUGCUCUAACAUUAUCACCGGAGAUCAGUUCUACAACUUCUUGAACCACAAUUUCGACAGACAUUACGAAGAAAACAGGGCUCCUUUGGGACUCUAUUUCCAUGCCGCUUGGUUGAGAAACAAUCCCGAAUUUCUCGACGCUUUCUUGUACUGGAUUGACGAAGUAUUAGCCAAUCACAACGACGUCUAUUUCGUUACCAUGACACAGGUUAUUCAAUGGAUACAAAACCCACGAACAAUAGCAGAAUCGAAAACAUUCGAACCAUGGAGGGAAAAGUGCGUCGUCGAUGGACCACCAGCUUGUUGGUUACCACAUUCCUGCAAACUUACAUCUAAGGAAGUUCCUGGUGAAACUCUCAAUUUACAAACGUGCGUACGUUGUCCAAACAAUUACCCAUGGGUUAACGACCCCACUGGGGAUGGUUUCUUCUAAGUCAGCACCCGAACUUUAAAUUAAUAUUUCAAUGUCGCCCUUGGCCCUUGCCAUCUCGCACGGCGUCCCGCGGAAGCUUAGCGGGUUUAGUGAUCAUCUCUAUCUCGUAAUUUAUUGUUUAACAUGACUGCGACCUAAUUGUUAUUGUUUUUUUAAUGUUUGGUACUCAAUUGACCGUAAUUUUGAAAUUUCCCCGCCGUAUGGGGUAGAUAUAUGGUCCCACAAUUUUCAGGGUAUCUCCCGUUUAGAUAUGACUUUUGUAUUAUAUGUAAUGAUAAUAUGUGUAAAGAAAAUACAAUUAAAUAAUUAGUAAUAAUUAA